AAGAAGUUCAAGAAUGUUACCACGGAGUCCAUCAUUCAGCCAUCGACUCUGCAUUGCUGAAUGUCUCUGCAUUGUUAUUAUUGUUGAAUAUUAAUGCAGGCUGCAUGCUUCUUCUUCUUCUUCUUCUUUUUUUUUGAAAAGUCUGAAUAAUUUACACCAAGUGUAAUGUUCUGCUUACUGGGCAUCAGUGAUAUAAUGUUAGCCUAAUGUUCUAGUCUGGAAAUAAACAACCGGCUUAAUAUGGAUUUCCCCAAAAUGAAUGAAAGUCAUGGCACACUGUGGGAGUGCAUGCAAGCUCCAGUCAACCGCUCCAGCGUGGAAACAAACACCACCUGUAGCAAUGCGUCAGUAUUGACCAAACUUCAAGCCACACGAUCUAAAGAAAUGUACUCACUGAGGAUCCUCCUCUACUCUCUGAUCUUCCUCCUGAGUGUGUUUGGCAACCUGCUGAUCAUCGUGGUGCUGGUUGUGAACAAGCGUAUGCGCACCGUCACAAACUCCUUCCUGCUCUCCCUCGCUGUCAGUGACCUCAUGAUGGCCGUCUUCUGCAUGCCAUUCACUCUCAUCCCUAAUUUGCUGGAGGACUUCAUCUUUGGAGCUGGCAUGUGCAAGACCGUUGCCUAUUUCAUGGGUAUCUCUGUCAGCAUUUCCACCUUCAGCCUGGUUGCCAUAGCAAUCGAGAGAUACAGCGCCAUCUGCAACCCGCUGAAGUCACGGGCAUGGCAGACCCGCUCACAUGCUUACAAAGUCAUUGCCGCUACCUGGGUGCUGUCAGUGAGCAUCAUGAUACCAUAUCCGAUCUUCAGCACGUUGGUGCCCUUCCCCAAACCCAACAAGACCAUUGCUCACAUGUGCCGCCCAGACUGGCGUAUAAGGCAAAUGGAACAGAUGUGGUAUGUCUUGCUGCUUUUUAUUCUAUUCUUCAUCCCAGGUGUGGUAAUGAUCAUUGCAUAUGGCCUUAUCUCCAGAGAGCUCUACCGUGGAAUUCAAUUUGAGCUGGAGCAGAAGAAUGACUGUAGAGCAAUGAAAAAUGGUGCGAAUGGCACUGUAUCCCAUGGCCAGGAUGAUAGCGAUGGCUGCUACAUCCAGGUUCCCAAGAAACCCCCAGCUAUGGAGCUUUCCGCCAUCAGCAACUCAGCCUCAUCCAAGCCGGACAGGCCACGCAGCAACACCUCUGAAGCCAAACUGGUGGCCAAGAAGCGUGUGAUCCGUAUGUUGGUCAUCAUUGUUGCCAUGUUCUUCAUCUGCUGGAUGCCUCUCUAUACAGUAAACACAUGGAAGGCGUUUGACCAGCAGUCGGCUCAAAGGGCCCUCUCUGGCGCUCCCAUUUCCUUCAUCCAGCUACUAUCUUACACAUCAGCCUGCGUCAACCCCAUCAUCUACUGCUUCAUGAAUGUGCGCUUCCGUAAGGCACUGCUGGCCACCUUUGCCUGCUGCAUCCUGCCGUGCCGCAAGCACAAAAGGAAGGAAGGUGAUGAUGAGGUUACUGGUGUCACAGCUGCAUCGAUGUCUAAAUUUAGUUACACCACUGUUAGCACAGUGGGGCCAUGUUAA